GUCCUCGGCACUGUACUGGAUGCAUAUUUUUACAUCAGAAUACCUCACUAUUCCGGAAGCCACAAAAAUAAAUUUUUGCAGAUAAUCCUUGCCUUUUCCGUGUACAGUAACACGAAGAAGCUAUUUCGAACGGAAAAGAACCCAAACGGAGAUAUUUCAGUCAUCAAUGGAAUGUAUGUUGUUGGGACCUUUCUCGUCGUUAUCUACCACACAUAUUUCCUACCAUUCUUCCUUCUAUUUUCUAGUCAUGGUUCAAAUCUCGGUCAUUAUUUGAAAGAUUUUGAUUUCACGUUGAUCGUCAAUAUGGGAAUCAGUAUUGAAGCCUACUUUCUAUUCUCGGGAAUUUUGUUAGCGUAUCCCAGAUUUCGCAGACAAGAAAAGAAAGUCAACAUACGUAUCAUCAAGCUCAUAGUCCGACGCUACAUCAGGUUAUGUCCCUCUUUGCUUCUAAUCCUGGGGAUCAUAGUCGCUCUGCCGCUGCUCGGAUCUGGACCAGUUUAUGCAGAUAUCUUCGAAGCUGCGGCUGACAACACCAGGAAAUGGUGGUGGACAUACGCAUUGAUGUUCAACAACUUCUUGCCUGUCAAAGAUCAGAAUUUCUUGUACCUUUGGUUCAUUCCAUGCCUGAUGCAAAUAACGAUUGUUGGUGCUUUAUUUUUGUGGCUGAUAGCAAAGUUUCCGAAAUUUGGAAUCUUUGUUACUAUAGCAGCUGGAAUUAUAUGCAACAUAAUCGUAGGAGUACAAACUGCAUUAAAGCAUUUUCCACCAACGUACUCCAUUUAUUACUACCACGAUAGAGAGUACUUCGAAGAGCCAAUUUACACUGCCCCACUUAAUCACGUGCUUACUUAUGGAAUUGGAAUGAUAUUGGGAUAUUAUAUGGCAAAAAAUCCCGUCCUCAAGUGGUCUAAGAAACAUGUAGUCUUUGGAUGGAUCGUUUCCUUGUUGUUGACUGUAGGAGUACAGUUAGUGUGUUAUGUUUGGCAUGAGGGCCUUCAGCCUGACCCAGUGGCAGCCGCCAUUUACGCAGCAACACAUCGCACAGCCUUCACACUCGGACUGGCAUGGAUCAUUCUUGCCUGUACACAUGGGUAUGGAGGUGCUUUUGCAAAGAUUUUAAGUUGGAAAGGAUUCGUACCACUCAGCAAAUUAGGAUACUUUGGGUACCUAAUUCACUAUAUCGUCAUCACUCACCACGUAUCUAUGGCACGAGUACCCCUCAUGUACUCACAUUAUGAAGUGUGGAUGCGAUUCUGUGGCUAUUCAUUCUUAACAUUCCUAUCUGCUUUUGUACUUUAUAUCACAUUUGAGCAACCUCUGGUGUCCAUAGAAUCAUUAUUUUGGCCACGCAGACCGGAUGAUUCGGCAAGCCAGAUUCAUUUACCACGGAACAUUAAAGUCAGUGACCUUGUUGUUGUGAAGCACAGUGACAAUGAAGCAGAAAAUAGCAUGAGGCCAUCUUCAAACGGAUCAUCCUUAUCACGAAGAGAAGCAACUGACGAACAUUCAAGGCUUUGAAAAGAACUUAACACAUUAUACAAACAGUACAGUGAUUGGUUGCGUUUAUUUAGAGCAACUGGUCAACUGCGGUUAACCAGUGACUUACCAUGAGCAUUCUAAUAGUGCUACUGGUUAACUGUUAGUUGCCAAAGUUGUUCUAAUAGCUUCACUGGUCAUCCGCAAUUUAAGCUGUUUGAUAGAACCACGAGACAUUUUCAACCAAUGCAUAUUAACCAAAAGCGUGCGAUGGAGCAUCGGCUUGUCUGGUAAUCAAUCAGUUAAUAACCACCAACACAUUAGCUGUCGCCCGGUUGCUCUAUAUGAACGCAAGCAAAAUCAUACCUGAAAAGUCAUGUUAAUGUUCAGUUGAGACUUAAUGAUGAUAGUUUACUCAUUCCCAUAAAGACCACCAUUUUGAGCACACAACAAACACACUGGGGAACAAUUUUUAACAAUUUCUGUUGAAUUAAAAUUUUUGAGUUGCUUUAGAGUUGAAUAGGCUUGCUGAUUUCAUUGCUAAAUUUAUUCCACCAUGUCAGGAGUUUUCUCUGCAUCUUAUGUAAAUGAGAAUGCGAUUAAUUACAGUGGGAGAGCAUGUAUCACAGAAAUUCUUACUGCUCUCCUAUUAGCUGAAAUAAAUCUUUUCAGGUUGAUAUUAAGUGAUCCCUUUCUGAAAUAAUAUUACU